UGACAAAAUAUGGGCGUUAACGUAUCUCUAGUUCUAUAAAUAAGAGGGCUUCCCCUCCUUAAAACGGUAGCAUUCAGUAUCUAAAAACCGAGUUGAGUCUUACAUUGAGAUGGCCAAAUUGUUCAGAGCGUUUUUCUUCAAGUCUCUUUUCUUCUUUUGGUACCGUUUUCUCUUGAGGCAACUCAGGAACCUAAUCCGCUUCCACCGAACCAUAAGCAAUUCUUUUUCAAAAGCAACACAGAAUAAAUACCAGAAAUUCCCCUCUCUCCUUCACCGAUCAGACCUCCAUGAUCACACGUUGAUCUUUGACGUGGAAAACACGUUGUUGAAAUCCUCUUCUUUGUUCCCUUACUUCAUGCUUGUGGCCUUCGAGGCAGGGGGGCUCCUAAGGGCCAUAGUUCUGGUUCUGCUAUACCCUUUUGUUUGUGUAGCAGGAGAGGAUAUGGGGUUGAAGAUAAUGGUCAUGGCAUGCUUCUUUGGUAUCAAAGCAUCCAACUUCAGAGUCGGAAGGUCCGUUCUGCCAAAAUUCUUCUUGGAGGACGUUGGUGCAGAGAUUUUCGAGGUGCUGAACAGAGGAGGGAAGAAAGUUGGUGUCACCAAUCUACCUCAAGUGAUGGUGGAAAGCUUCUUGAGAGAGUAUUUGGAGAUUGACUUCGUUGUGGGAAGGGAGCUAAAAAUGUUGAACGGAUACUACGUGGGGUUGAUGGAUGACACAAAAACCAUGCAUGCCUUGGAGCAAGUUAAAGAAGGGAAAGGAUGUUCUGAUGAUAUGAUCGGAAUCACAAGAUUCCAUAACAUUCGCGACCAUCAAAUCUUCUCUCAAUGCAAGGAAGUGUACGUGGUGACAGGAGCAGAAAAGAGAAGGUGGGAAAAGCUAGCAAGGGAGAGAUACCCGAAAGCGGUUAUCUUUCACGAUGGGAGAUUAGCUCUACGGCUGACACCAUUGGAGUCCAUAGCAAUGUUGAUGUGGGUUCCGUACGGGAUAAUCCUGGCUGUUAUUAGGAUUGCGCUUGCGCUCUCACUUCCGUUUAAAAUCUCAACCCCGUUACUGAUAAUGAGUGGGUUGCGUCUGACGGUAUCUGCAGGCACACCUAGAGGCGCACGGUGGGAGCAAGAGCAGCGUGUUAAGGAUAGCGGUGAGGGGAUUCUGUACGUGUGCAACCACAGAACCUUGCUGGACCCGCUCUACAUCUCAUACUCGCUGCAAAAGAAGUUAACCGCGGUGACAUACAGCCUAAGCAGGAUGUCAGAGAUUCUGGCCCCAAUCAAAACGGUGCGGUUAACGAGAAAGCGCGAGGAGGACGCGAAAAUGAUGAAGGAGUUAUUGGGGCAAGGGGACUUGGUGGUGUGCCCAGAGGGGACCACGUGCAGAGAACCCUAUUUAUUGAGGUUCAGCCCUUUGUUCUCAGAAAUGUGCGACGAAAUUGCACCCGUUGCGGUGGACAGCCACGUCACCAUGUUCCACGGAACCACUGCGGGGGGGUUUAAGUGCUUGGACCCGCUUUUCUUUCUCAUGAACCCCUCCCCGGUUUACACGGUCCGGUUGCUGGACCGUUUCUACCCUUCGCCAACCCACCAAGAGAACACCAGGUUUGAGGUGGCUAACGCUGUCCAAACACAAAUUGGGCAGGCUUUGGGUUUUGAGUGCACUAAACUCACGAGGAAAGACAAGUACUUGAUGUUGGCCGGUAACGAAGGCAUUGUUUCCAAUGCCAAAUCUUCGUAGCGGAACGGAUCGACCUAGCCAGUUAGCUACCUUAAUUUGUAAGUAAUGUCUUGUGCCAACAACCGCUUUGCUUUGCUGUCACCAAAAUUAAAUCACCAAUUAUGUAUACUACAGUACUAUAUAUAGGAUCAAAAACAUCAAGCAUUGGACCAAUAUUCGGGAACCUAGCCAAAAUUUACUGCUCC